UAUAGUCAUACUACUACUUCAACAACUACUACUACUACAACAACCUUUAGUACAACAACUAAUACUACUACUACUACAACAACAACGUAUAGUCCUACUACUACUUCAACAACAACUACUACUACGAAUACCUUGAUAAUGGAGCAAAACAUGUGCAUGAUCAAACAUUAUUCUUCGUCCAGAGCAGGCUCACCACGAUAG